UUUAGUACUCUCGACUCCAGCAGGGAAUUGCCCGGAAACCCUCUCACCUGGCAAAAUGUCAUUAAAAUGAUCUCAGCUCGGAGAACUAGUGCAUUUAGAUACUAGGUUUCUUAAUACUUGUGACAGCCAAUGUGGUUCUCGGUCCCGACAAUCGUGCUGAGGAGUGCCAAGCAAACACACACAUACCAACAUAUUGCCGGCUUGAAAUAAUUGCGCACAAGAUCAGUUCCAUACAUACUGCGUUCAAGAAAGUCGAACACUGUAAGAGGUGAAAUCCACUGAAUCAAGCAUGCGGUCGUGUGUGCCCAUCCUGGCAACGUUGGCGCUGUCAGCGUGCUACGUGUACGCCUCCCCACUGGUAUGCGUCAUCUUCUGUUCUCGUGGGGAUGAAUUCCCCUACGUGAGGACGCCGGACCACUGCGACUGUUCCAGUGUCAAGAGUGGAGACCUCAUCAGAUUUGAUCAUAUCCAGGAACGGGCAGUUCAAAACAAUCACACCCACCACUCCCAGACGACACCCGCGCCAUCUACCACGACAGACAUCUGCGACUAUCUGUGUUCCAUCCAGCUGGGCGGAGACGCCUGCCACUGCAGUAUCCCCGGACUACCAGGGAGGAAGUGACGUCAAUAUCAGAAAACAUGAUGUCUUCAUGACGCCAAUGAACGUCAGCAGGAGGAUCAUUGUACAAGUUGAUAAUCUCGGACGGUACCGACUGAUAAUUAUAAAGUUGAUGUUGAAUGUGAAUUUGUGUCUUAAAAGUGUGAGAUUACAAAGGAUGUAAAUAUGCUGAUUAAUUAUCUCAUGAACUGUU